AUGGACUCAUCGACGACUGCAGCUUCCACAGGCCAAGAGCAGCUAGAAAAAACGACGUUCCUCCCGAAAGCAACGGUAUAUGCCGUUGGCGAUGCGUACGACGAGAAUGGCGAUGAGGAGGAGAAGCAUGGCGGUGAUGGCGCUAGCUGUGCCACUGCGGAGUAUAGCGAGGAAGGUGCGGAGGAGGGCGGCGAGGUGAAUCUCCCGCUCGGUCGGGUGUCUCCCCCCCUACCGUUGGUGGCGACUGACGGUGGCGAGUGGCAUUCCCACUGCGAACUAGCCGAGCAGCCACCAUCCACCGAUGUACUACCAGCGACGGAGGUGCCGGAGGUUAGCGACGACAAGCAGGCAGCGGCUGAGCGGUUGAUGUUUAUAACGGCACUUGCCCCCAGCGGAGUGGAGGGUGUUCCCGCAGCAGCAACGGCAGCAGAGAUCAACCAAGAGGCAGAGAACCACAACACUUUGGCCACGAUCGUCAGCGAUCACGGAGCAACUACGAUCAACGGUGCGCAACAGCAGCAGCAGAUCGUGUACAUACACGGCACGUCAACGGCUGAGGUUGCAGAGUCAACGUCGUCGUCAGUGACAACGGCAUCACCCUCCACACUGGUGCAGUGUGGCACCUACCCUGACAAUAACGUCGUCCGCAUACAGAUCAUCCCGGUUGAUCAGUGCGAGCAGCAGACGGAACAAUCGCCGUUAGGAUCUGGUCCGCUGGAGGACUGCAACAACAAUAGCGUACGUGGCGUCGGCACGUGUGUCAGUGUAGUUGGGUCCGAGCCGAGCACCAAGUGUCAGAACACGCAAGUGACCGUAGUAUCGUUCGGGGCGAGUGAUAGUGCCGAGUGUACUGGUCCGUUGUCAGCAACCGUUGUUGACGGCGCGGAUCAACCGUUAGCAUCUUCGUCCGCGCAUGACACCGUGCUGGUGACGGUAACGAUCGAGGACAGGACACUGGUCAGCGUACCCUCGGCGACGGUAUCACCGGAACCUAGCGACACCAGUCCUGCCGCUAGUUCUGACGCGGCUAUCCCUCCCGACUCCACAAUGGUCCAGAAGAAAUUGAUCCUGACGAAAGGUGCGUCGUGUCCGUCGUCCGAUGCAACCGAUAUCGAUAGUUCUACGUACGCCUACUAUAUGGCGGCAAUGGCUGCCCGUGAUGGACCGCGUACCGCGUCGUCGUCCGCGUCCGGCAGCAGCAGCGGCCAGUGUUCGCCGAGCGACAUGCUCGACAGUGGUACCUGUAGCGAUAUCGAGCUGACGCCGCCACCGCUGCCGAAAAAGAUGUCGCAAAUACUGAAAUCGUCGUGCGCGAUAAAGAAGAGCCUAGGGGUGGACGGUGGUAUCCAUCAGCCAGUAUCGCCAACGCCACCACCAUCCGUUACGACGGCAACAGUGACAGGCGCCGUGCUGCGACAGUUUUCGCCUGCUGAUAACGCAACGGAUAGCGUUAUCAAUACGCAGGGUCACCACCAUCACAUCGAGCUUCAACGGCUCGCGGUCCAGCAGCACGAGGAAGAACGGAAGAACAGACAGAACGAGCACGGAAAACAUCAAACGCCCGUUGACUUGACGUCCGACAGUUUCGCCGCUCGGCAGCAGCAGCAACAGCAGCAGCAGCAACGGCAACCACCAUCCCAGCUUGGUAGCAUCAUUGCGACCGAUAGUGACGGUUCGGAAUCGUGUUUGAGCUGUGAUUCGCUGAACUUUGAGCACCUGCCGAGUUUGCAACCGUUGGCAGAGAUUGGUGGGCCAACUGUAUCGCACGGAACUGAUUUACCGCCCGCUACUGUGGAACGGGACAGCCCGACCGAACUAGGGGACGGGGCGUUACAGCAGGCGUCGCAUCAGUUGCGCCCCAAACUGCCGUCCUACCUUGCCAGCAAGCGCGACGGUGCCGGUGUCUGCAUACUGCCCGACUCGCUACUUGCCGCCAUCCGUGGAAGCCGCCCGAAGGUCUACUGUACCGACGAGGACGAUAACGACUCGGUGGACGGUGACACGCACCGGAAACAUUUCGCACCGGUUCCGGCCCAUCAUGAAGGGUCGUCCGGUACGCUCGAUCUGAGCAGUCUCGCACCAGCGGCUGUCACCGGCAACGAUACCAUCGCGACGGCGACCACACGGUCGAUACUGAUGGACAAGAUCAACAGUCUCGAAUGCGGCAACCGGAUGCGCCGGGCCACCGAUCAAACGGACCAUCACCACCAUCACACGGAUCCAUCAAACAACUACCUCCAGCAUAUGCCUCACCUUACCACCAUCAACGAUCCGGCCGGCGUGACACGGGCCCAGAGCAGCUGCUCGGCCGGUUCGCUCACGACGGACAGUGUCCGCAGCAAUCAGUUCGAGAGUGAUCGAUAUUACAAGUUUCACAUCAACGAGCGGGCCCGGACGGACGGUAGUGGCGAGCCGGGUAGCAGCUCACCGGAAACCACACCGUCCGUGGUGGACGACGACGAAAGCUUUGCUGGGCUGAAGGACCUAAGUAACGGCACGUCCACCAUACGCAGCAACAAGGGCACGGUACGGGGCGUUAAGAAUCGGGUGCGCAACGGUAUCGCCACCUUUCUGCAGAUGCAACAGACCGGUCUCAAGAACUACAAAGACAAGGAGGCCGGCAAGGUGGUCGUCUACAGCACGAGCAUGGGCAUCGUGCGGGAAACGUACACCAAGUGCAUGAACGUGAAGCAGAUACUGCGCACGCUGCUGGUCAAGUUCGAGGAGAAGGACAUCUUCAUGAGCAACGAGUAUCAGCAGGAGAUUAAGGAGCGCAUGCAGGCCGACACAAUUAACAUUCCGCAGGUGUUUGUCGACGGGCAGCACAUCGGGGAUGCGGAAUGUAUCGAAAGGUUGAACGAAAGCGGCGAGCUUAGGAAAAUGCUGAAACCCUACAAGUGUCUCGAGUCACCCUACAUGUGCAAGGUGUGCGGUGGAUACCGACUGCUCCCAUGCCCGUCCUGCGGUGGGUCGAAGAAAUCGAUCCACCGGAAUCACUUCACCGCCGAAUUUGUCGCACUCAAGUGCAUGAACUGUGACGAGGUGGGACUGGUGAAGUGUCACAACUGUUGA